AUCGCGGGUGUGGUAGCAUGCACUCAUUUCUACAGUCAUUAGAACAAACGAAAUCGUCAUUCCGCUACCGGCAAUGCCAGUCGCCAUAAGGAUAAAAUGAGGGUACUGUAAUUGAUUGACGUAAAGAAUAUCCACCAUCUCAAUCCCGCCAUUUGACUGAACAACUUUUAGUUAUUGUUAUUGCGUGUGUAAUCGUGUCUAGUCGGAUACAGUGUUUAGAAUUGCGACAACAAAAAUGGCACCGAAUUUACCUGUACAUGUAUGCAUCUUUUUGGACAAUGACCCAACACACCUUUAAGCUGCGUACGGGCUAUUUGACCAAGAAGGAGAGUGAUGGAGUGCUGCAUCAGUUGACCUGGCCUCCACAAUCACACAACCUCAUCCAAAUUGAGAUGGUUUGGGAUGAGUUGGACAGCAGAGUGAAGGAAAAUCAGCCAACAGGUGCUCAGCAUAUGUGGGAACUCCUUCAAGACUGUUGGAAAAGCAUUCCAGACCCUCUCAUGUGUGGACUCGUGCUUCAUCCCUGCCUCCAUACAAGCAACAGUACCUCAGACAGUACAAGUUGGACAUGUUAUUGCAAAAGUUGAUGUGGACCAAUGUGACACCAUCACAUUGCACUUUACAACUAGUGACCCCGACUUCACAGUACGACCUGAUGGCACUAUAGUAACAGUCGCCAUCACCAUGGUACCAGCCAAUGGCAGAACAUUCUCAGUGCAGUUUCAGGACCCCAAUGGUCAGAAGAGAGAAAUUAAUGUUUACCUUGUCCAGAACUCUAGAAAGGUAUUGAAAGAUGGCCUACUAAAGCGCUCCAAAAGACGUUGGAGUCCUCUGCCCUUCAACAUCAUAGAAAACGACGUUCCACCAUUUCCAAAGGACGUUGAUCUGAUUGCAUCUGAUUCGUCGGCCACUCGCAGUGUGUACUACACCAUCAGUGGGCCUGGAGUGACAGAGGAGCCUGUGGGUGUGUUCAGUGUGGUGAUGGAGACUGGGAUGUUGAGGGUCAACAAAGUUGUCGACCGCGAGAGAACUCCUCAGUUUGUAUUUCAAGCCAGAGUGUUUGACAGAUACACCAACCAGGAGACAGAUCUACCAUUACCCAUCACAGUGAAUGUAGACGAUGUGAACGACAAUGCACCAACUUUCACUGGCCUACUGCAGUUUACUGUGCUGGAGCAAAGCAAAGCAGGGACGAUUGUGGGAAUGGUGAAUGCCACAGACAUAGACGAGCGUGGUACAGACCACACUAAGAUCAGGUACUCCCUCCUCUCUGGGACUAACCUGUUCUACAUUAACCCAGAGACGGGAGUCAUCAGCACCAAAACAGACACCCUCGACAGAGAGGUGAAUGAUAAUUAUUUGGUGACAGUUGAAAUCAGAGACAUGAAUGGAGCUCUGAAUGGUCUAUUCAACACAGCCACAGCCACCAUUGUGUUGGGUGAUAUCAACGACAACCCUCCCACAUUCACAAAGACAUCUUACGAUGUAAAAGUUAAAGAGAACCAAGGAGAGGGACUCAUCCUCAGAAUCCCCAUUGAAGAUAAGGACUUGGUGAAGACACCAAACUGGAACACUGAGUUUGUCAUCCAAAAGGGGAACGAAAACGGGAACUUCAGGAUCGAAAGAGACCCCAAAACGAAUGAAGGACUAAUUUACCUAAUAAAGCCUCUAGACUACGAGAAGACCAAGAACCUAAAGCUGGAGGUGUUGGCCCGUAACCAGGCUGAGCUGAGUGAGACCACGGCCCAGUGGAUGUCCAUCCCUGUAGACGUCUCUGUAGUGGAUGAGGACGAGGGACCAGAGUUCACCGCCCCCACCAUACUCUUCACAGUCAAGGAGAACACUCCUAACGACACCCUGAUUGGGACCUACAUAGCCAUAGACCCAGAGACCAAGAGCAGCGCCGGCAUCAAGUAUUACAAGGUCUCAGACCCUGCUUCAUGGAUCAAGGUAGAUGAAAGCACCGGGCAGCUGAAGAUCGCCAAUAAUAUCGACAGGGAGUCCCACUUUGUUAUGAAUGGCGUGUACAACGUCACUAUGAAAGCUGUUGAUGCCAGUCUCAAGACAGGUACAGGCACAGUGAUUAUUCAAGUGGAGGAUGUGAACGACCACGUCCCAGUCAUCCCCUCUAAAGACCUGGUGGUGUGUGAGAAGGAUGGGGGAGAGAUGGGCUCUGUGCUGGUGGUAGCAGAGGACAAAGACCGAGCUCCAUUCGCCGGCCCCUUCAGCUUCGAACUGGGAGAGGAGCAUGAUGGGAGAUGGGCUGUGAAGCGACUUAACGACACUGCAGGGAUGUUGGAGCACACCAAGGAGCUCCCUAAUGGUCUGUAUACUGUCCCCCUGAUGGUCAAGGACCUACAGGGAUUUGGAAAGACCCAGACGGUAACGGUCCGGAUCUGCAGCUGCAGGAACGGAGCGUGUUUGGCCUACCAGAACUCCACGUCGCUGGGGGUGUGGGCCAUCCUGGCCAUGCUGCUGGCGCUGUGCCUGCUACUUCUUCUCUGUAUCUUCUUUGCAUUCAUCUGUGUUACAAAGAAUGAGAAAAUGGAGCUGGAAGAUAUGGGAGACAGUGGUGGUAUCCUCCUGAAGUCUAACAUUGAGGCCCCAGGGGAUGCAGUGGAUUCAAAUCUCAUCAUCGUUCCUGCAUCUGGGAUCGACUCAUCAGUGAAGGGAUCCAUGAUUGACGUGGGGUGGGUGGGAGCUAAGAACUCUGGUAUGAUUGGAGGAGGCCUGGGCGCUCAACAGAAUCUGCUACAGGAGUCCGGCGGUGUCAUAGUGAACGAUAUGGAGACCGGCUUCUCAGGCCAAUACGAAAGCAGCCAAUACGUUGGACAAUUUGGCAGUGGACAAUAUGGUGGAGGUCAAUAUGGCGGUGGAAACAUGACUUUUGACAACACACGUUUCAUGAAAUUCAACAACUCUGCAGCCUGGCACACCUGGCAAACAAACGGGCUGUUUUUACAACAGAAGUUGGCUUACCUAGGGGCGAGGGAGGAGGGGCGAUAUGCCGAUGACAUCAUCCACGCGUACGGCUUCGAGGGGGUGGGGUCUCCAGCCGGCUCGGUGGGCUGCUGCAGUGACCAAGGCAACCAGGAAGACCUGGACUUCCUAAACACAUUGGGGCCAAAGUUCAAGACGUUAGCUGAGGUCUGUAACAACAAGAAAUUAACAAAGAGAAUAUAAUGCAAUAUGUUUUGUUACUGUAAGUGUACUCUUUUUCUGCCAAUACCAUGAAUUUUAGGAAUCUGUUAAGAGGGUUGCUAUCAUUCAGAGUAAACACACUGAAUUGCUCGAACUGUUUGUUAGUUCGACAUUUUUCACUGGAAAGUACUAUGUAUUUACUUGUACAGCAAAUUCCCCAGUGUUGAAUCAACUCUGCGAUUGUUAAAUGUAACACCUUUUCAGAGUCUAUACGGGUCCACACUUUUUUUUUUCAGUGAUAUUAACAUUUUAAUGAAUACCUGUAGUGUUAAGGUAACUUGUAUUUGGGGUAUGGUGUAAAGCCAUAUUUGCAUAUUUCCCAGUGUGCCUUACCUUUUCGAGUGAAUUGUAGAGUUGUUAGUGACAAAGACAUGGUCAUUGCAUUCAUUCAUUUUCAGUCCUGUGGCUUUCAACAAAAUAAAAUUAUUAACAGUGGCCCGAAACUCAUAGUUUACAGGCCACAUCAGGCGUGCAUUCACAUUAUGCUGGCUUGCAAGGUGAUGUCAUUCGUAUUGGAAUCUAGCCAGAGUGUGGAUAUCCAAGAGUUUACAUUUUUCAUCACCCGUAGCCUGCAUUCAGAAUGACUGUCAGAGUUUGGAAAAUUUGAUAGAUGAGACUACCUAAACCAUCUAAACUGAAACAACCAUUGCAAUAAAUCUAACUAACAGAUUGAAUUAGUUUAGAAAAAAUUGUUAUUUAUCUUUGUGUAGCAUAAUAUUCAUUGAUCAGUCAAUGUACAGUACACGCAAACACACAGAUAUUGAAACAAACAAUAAUAAAAAUAAAAACUGUAAUAGAGCAUGCUGGGAAAUAUGAUAAUGAUGGCUGUGUUUUUAAGUGUUUUAAUCACAUUCAAAUCUGGUUAUUAACACCAACACUGGAGUUCUUUUGCACCACUGAUGUUCAUUUAAAUCCUGAACUAGAAAUGUACAUUAAAUAAUGUACAUUAAAUAAUGUACAUUAUGUGAUUUUUAGCGCUAAAGAUUUUUUGGGGGGAGGGGCAUUGGUCAUGUUAUUUUAUUUGUGUAUAUUAUGGUAAAGCCCCAUGAAGUUUAGUAUCGUAGAAUCAAAUGUUUGUUCAUGUGACUCUAAAAACAGGUGCCUUGAAGAAUACAUGAAUAUUUGACGAGAUUAUUUGAUUUUUAAAAUAACUUAUGAAUUUAGGUGGAUGGGGUACAAACAUUACACACUAUUCUAUAUGAGUGUUGAUUAGACUGCAUUGGGGUUUCUAUGUUUAAUUGGUCACACUACGAUCGUCCAUUCAAUUCCUAUGAUUGAUUGGCUGCAGAGAGUCUUGUGUUUAGACUAGAACAGAAGGUUAUAGGUGCUUCUGUUUAAAAUAAAUGGUUCUGGGUGCUUCUUUUUAGAAUAUAAUGUUCUGCCUGCUUCUGUUUAGAAUAGAAGGUUCUGGGUGAUUAUUUUUAGAAUAGAAGGUUCUGAAGAGACAGGUGCCGAUACGGCCCAUGGGGUUGAUGAGACAGUGUCUGACAGUGAGUCAGUUCACACACUCAGCAUGAGGCUGAGUGUGUGAACAGGGAGGGGGUUUGAACCAGACAGACAGCCUGUGAGUAUUCAUAGCGACAUGUUGUUCUAUUGAUUGAUCCAUAGAAAGGGAGAUACCUAGUCAGUUGUACAACUGAAUGAAUUCAACUGAAAUGUGUCAGAGAGGUGUGGGAGGCUUCCUUUAUCAACAUCCACAGGGAAUAGUGGGUUAACUUUCUCAGGGGCAGAAUGACCUAUUUUUACCUUGUCAGCUCGGUUGCUGGCCCAACAUUCUAACCACUAGUCUACCUGCCGCCCCCUAUGACAUUACUAGAGGUGCUAUGUCAUAAACCCUCAAAAUUCGUUCCAUAAUGGGGCGAAAAUGGCAGCUGUCUUGGUCAGGGAGAAAUCCAUAACUAGUCUAAUUGGAAUGAAUGGCAGUAGAGGCAUAGGUGAUCUAUUUCCUGAUUUUACUUAUGCAGAAAAAUAAAAGUGAGGCAUGUGAUGUAUCAGAAAUUGUGUAAUGUAAUUAUAGUCGACCUCAAAUAUUGUCAUAUAAUUAUAAAUACAAUGUAUAUGGGUUUUAUACAAAUGUGUUAUGUGUAAAUAGCCCCUAAAUGUCUCAGAUGUAGUUUUAUUGGAAAGCAGUGAGUGCUAAUAUAUGAUACAAUUUCAGUACUUGUUGCAUUUACAACUUUUCUAUGUCCUAUUAUCAACUGAUUUGAACCAGUGUAUGGCUGUGAAUUGACCACAUUGUUUGAAUGGAAUGUUGGCAUACUGGUAGUUAAUUUAGAAUCAUUCAUCUAAAACUGUUUGGUUAGCUAGCUAACACACAUACAGUGCAGAUAAAUUCUCCACAUUCAUUGUUUUACACUAUCUUAUCAGAGCACUGGCAUACUCCCUGACCAACAUGGCUGACCUUUGGCCAAUUUUUAGAAGGUUCAUUUCCAUUCUAGUAUUCUAAUUCCUAAUUCUAUGGAUUCAUCAGCAUUGUCAUAUGUUCAUAUUAUUAAUUUGGAAUUCAAUUACCAAACUGACCCAUUUUGUAAAUUAAUCGUAUUGCCUAUUUUGUAUGUGUCAAAUUUUGCUAAUAUGUUUUUUUUAAGUAAAUAAUAUAAAAUACA